GAUGUGGUUUGACAAGUGAGGGUGUGGUCCAAUUACAGAGAUAAAGCUUGGAGUUACACAAUGCAGUUUCCCCCGACGAUACAAUAAAUCUUACAUCCUCUGCAGGCUUCGUGAAGAAGGAUCCUUCAUGCUUGGACUUUUGUCUGUGGACAGCAGUGAGUGAGGAGAGAUGUCUGCGAGCAGAAAGGACCUCUGUCCGCAAAGCAUUGGAAAAGCAGUAAGGAGUCCGGUGGAUUUGGCAGCUGUGUGGAUUGAGUAUGAGAGCAGAGACCCCGGAAGUAAGGAGACCAGGGAGAGCAGAGACCAGAAUUGAUCCUGCUUUGGAACUUCUACAAGACAGAGGUGAAGAGAUAAAGAUGUCUGAAAAAUCAGAGUGCAGGAGUUUCAAGAACAGUUGCUGCAGAUCUUCUCCACGGGUAGUAGCCUUACUUGUUUCCACUGCCAUCUUAUCCCUGGUCAUCCUUGUCCUCCUCUUCGUUCUUCUUUGUAAGUCACCAGUCAAGGAAGCUCCACAGCAGUGCUCUGACACGGAGGUCCCUGCCCCCUGCGGUCCGGCAUGCCCAUCUGGCUGGAUUGGCUACGAAGGGAAAUGCUAUUUUUUCUCAGAUGGAGGAAGGAACUGGACUUCUGGCCAAAGCUUUUGCACUUCCCAUGACUCCUCGCUGGCUGUGAUUGAGAAUGAGCCAGAGAAGGCAUUCAUUAUGCGUUACAAGUGCUCUACCGAUCACUGGAUUGGCCUCCAGAAGGACGCCGCCCACAAUUGGAAAUGGGCAGAUGGGACGGAAUUAAACGGCACGCUGGAGGUGAAAGGAAAAGGAGGAGAUUGUGCCUUUCUGAACUCUGGCUACGCAGUUUCUUCACGUUGCUACAUACAAAGGAAUUGGAUCUGCAGCCACCACGAUGCCUAUGCAAGUCAUAAGAACUCAACAAGAAGGUGACCAGCCACAGGGAGCUUUCGAAGGCAAGGAACAGGAAUUCCAGCUUCAGCUCACAUUGAAUAGGAGCCACUGUUACUAGGUUUGCUGUAGUGGUUAAGUGCAGGGACUCUAAUCUGGGAGAACCUGGUUUGAUUCCCCAC